AUGGGAGCCGGAGGCCGUCGCGUGUCUGCUCCAACGAUGACGGUUACUGAUGAGAAGAAAAAUGGUGCCGGUGCAAUCAAGAAGGCGCCGUACUCAAAGCCUCCGUUCACAGUUGGAGAAAUCAAGAAGGCCAUUCCACCUCAUUGCUUUAAGAGGUCACUCAUUCGUUCAUUCUCCUAUGUUGUGUAUGACCUCUUCUUUGUCUCAUUGUUCUACUACAUUGCAACUGCUUAUUUCCAUCUCCUGCCAUCGCCCUACAAGUACCUCGCCUGGCCAGUUUAUUGGAUUGUUCAAGGCUGUGUUUGUACUGGUGUUUGGGUGAUAGCUCACGAAUGCGGUCACCACGCAUUCAGUGACUACCAGUGGGUGGAUGACAUAGUCGGCCUGGUGUUGCAUUCUGCGCUGAUGGUCCCGUACUUCUCGUGGAAGUACAGCCACCGACGCCACCACUCCAACACGGGAUCACUCGAGCGCGAUGAGGUUUUCGUGCCGAAAAAGAAAUCUGAAAUGGCAUGGUACUCGAAGUAUUUGAACAACCCUGUUGGCAGGAUGAUCACCCUCAUUGUCACCCUUACAUUGGGAUGGCCAUUGUACUUGGUGUUCAAUGUUUCAGGUCGUCCCUAUGAUCGUUUCGCGUGCCAUUACGAUCCUUAUGGCCCGAUAUAUAACGAUCGGGAGCGGUUACAGAUCUACAUCUCAGAUGUGGGGGUGAUUUCCAUGGCUUACUUGCUCUACAAAGUGGCAUUGGCUAAAGGGUUGGCCUGGUUAGUUUGUGUUUAUGGCGUACCAUUGCUAAUUGUGAAUGGAUUCCUUGUUUUGAUCACUUAUCUGCAGCAUACUCAUCCUGCAUUGCCUCAUUAUGAUUCAUCUGAGUGGGAUUGGCUAAGAGGAGCAUUGGCAACAGUUGACAGAGACUAUGGUAUCCUCAAUAAGGUCUUCCAUAACAUUACUGAUACUCAUGUGGCUCAUCAUCUCUUCUCAACAAUGCCGCAUUAUCACGCAAUGGAGGCAACCAAAGCGAUAAAGCCAUUGCUGGGAGAGUAUUAUCAGUUUGAUGAUACUCCAUUUGUCAAGGCAAUGUGGAGGGAGGCAAAAGAGUGUCUUUAUGUUGAGCCAGAAGGAGAGAAAGCAGGUGUUUUCUGGUACCAGAACAAGUUUUGA